GAGGCUGAGCGUCGAGCGAAAAGUUUCCGCCUACGAUAUCACCGCCGCAUAUUGAGAGGAAAAAUCCCCCCUCCCCAUAUCGAACAGGCAUGCUUUCGAAAAUUUGUCUUGCUGAUUUGAAACCACAAACCACGUCUGUCUUGCAAGAGGACAAAUGCAGAGGCUUCCGCGCCAUUACAGAAACGAUUUGGCAUGCUGUUUGGCCUAGAGGACAGCCGUUUGUAAUGCUGAGCACCUAGACCCAAAUGUCCCUCCCUAGGCUGCGGAUCUGGCUGCGAUGCCGUAUUGCAAGACAGCGCGCAUUUGUGUACACAAACCCUGCGUCACAGAUUUCCCAUUUGAUAUGGGGUGGGGGCUUUUUUCAUUUUGAUACCGCCGCCGGGCUCACUCCCCUCGACACCAUGGAGAACCCGUUUAUUGAUUUAUCCAACCCUCGUAUGCAAGAAAAAAACUGUGUAAGUGUAAAUUUGUGUUGCAGAACAUGCAACAGAGUUGCGCCUGUCAUGCCAGACAGCCAUGAAGUCCUCUUUUCAUGUGUGUUUUCCCUUACAAGCCACGCAUGACAGGUGUUCUCUGUCAUGUAGAGCAAAUUUGUGAUGCUGUUUCCCAAAGAAAGUUAUACUUACACACUUUUUUUCUUGGAUACCUCGACGUGGUCUACCGCGCUCGAAAUCGGAGAGUGCAAUUGGUUAUGCCUUGCAAAAGUACCGUACUAGUAUGAAUAGCAUCACAAAAUUUUGCAAGAACAUAAAGUGGAAUUUGUAAUGCUGUUCCAGGUUUGGAAAGAGAUUUAUCAUGCAUGACUGCAAGGAUAAUUUCUACGAGUGCGAUCAUACUUUUGCAGUGCAUAUUGGUCGCCUCAGCGAUUUGAACAGGGGUAGCAGUAGCGGCGAAAAGAUGCGUCUGUCC